AGGCUUUCAGAGAGGCAGUUAGGAAAGCCCAGAGAUAAUGAUGUCUGCGCCCUGGGACAGCGCUAAUGGUGCUCAUCUGACAGUUCCGACCAGUGGAGUUGCGGAGCAGACUCUGGACCGCCGAGGAAUUUCCUUGGUUUCCACCUGGCUUCGCCUAGGAAGCCAGAGUGUGGUCACCUGUUUCCCGCGCCAGGCUUCCCAUCCUGCACAGGUGGGUGAGAGUGAUAGAAAGGCUAAGCCAGGGGAAGAGGUGAGAAAAUCCGGCUGCUCCCGCAGCGGGGGUGGAAGGCCCACCUGGAGGUCAGCUCUCCUUCCUGCAGACGCGCACAGGCACUCGCACGCGCGAGCUGGGGAACCCGGGAUUAACACAGGCGCUACCACCCCGACCAGCCCUUGCCCUUGGCGGAGGGGAGUGCCCGGCGGGGGUUGUGCCCGGGGCGGGGGGGGGUGUCUCUCCCCGCAGCCCCCGCCCCGGACGUGACAGCUGGCGGCCCGAUAAGGAGCGGUCCCCUUGUGUCGCCUUUCCUCCGGUCCUUGGGACCGGCCGGUGCGCGCGUCCCGCGGCCGUCGGAUACCCUGGGUGGGGCCGGGGUGGUUCCCCCUGCUCUCCCCCACCCCCCAUUUCUAGGGUGACUGUGCCGCUGACGUCAGGCGGCUCUUGGUUCAUUCCUUGGCACGGGGAGUUUAUUUUCAUGACAGCAAGCAGUGCCGCGGAACUGGAAUAGGCGUGUCCUCUCCCCCUGACCCUCUCCCGCCCCUUGUCCCUCUGCUCACCCCCUUGCUUGCUCCCUCCCUCCGGCGACUGCUGCCUUUAUAACCGCUCGGCGCCGCGAGGGCGGGAUAGCGCCUGCCGGCUUCCCCAGCACCCCGGGGCUCCAGGGCCGCCUCCGACGCGCGGGAAGCGAGCAGCUCAAGUUCACGCGCCAAAGCGAGGGCUUAAGGGACCAGAAUGGCCACCACAUCCCCUCAUGGUUGCCGCUCCAGCCUGGCCGCCAGGUACCACAGACUUUGUGAUAUGACUGAAAUCUGGGGCAUUGUCCUAGAAGCAGUGGCCGCAGUUGGGGCCGUGACCUCGGUGGCCUUCAUGUUCGCUCUCCUGAUUCUCGUCUGCAAGGUGCAAGACUCCAACAGGCGAAAAGUGCUCCCGACCCAGUUCCUCUUCCUCCUGGGCGUUCUGGGGAUCUUCGGCCUCACCUUCGCCUUCAUUAUCCAGCUCGACGGCAGCACCGGGCCCACCCGUUUCUUCCUCUUCGGGGUCCUCUUCUCCCUCUGCUUCUCCUGCCUCCUGGCUCACGCUUUCAACCUGACAAAGCUGGUGCACGGGAGGAGGCCCCUGUCCUUGCUGGUGAUGCUGGCCCUGGCCGUGGGCCUCAGCCUCGUGCAGGACAUCAUUGCCGCGGAGUACCUCAUCCUCACCAUGAACAGGACCAACGUCGCCAUUUUCUCUGAGCUUUCAGCCUCUCGGCGCAAUGAAGACUUUGUCAUGUUGCUCAUCUAUGUCCUCUUCCUGAUGGCGCUGACCUGCCUCAUGUCCUGCUUCAUCUUCUGUGGGGCCUUCAGCGGUUGGAAGAGACACGGGGUCCACAUCUUCCUCACCAUGGUUCUCUCCAUCGCCAUCUGGGUGGCGUGGAUCACCCUGCUCCUGAUUUCCACCUUUGGCCCCAUAUGGGAUGAUACCAUCCUCAGCUCGGCCUUGGUGGCCAAUGGCUGGGUGUUCCUGUUGGCUUACGUUGCCCCCGAGUUUCGGCUGCUUACAAAGCAACGGAACCCCAUGGAUUACCCAGUUGAGGAUACGUUUUGUAAACCUCAACUCAUGAAGCAGAGCUAUGGUGUGGAGAACAGAGCCUACUCUCAAGAGGAAAUCACCCAAGGUCUUGAAGAGCUAGGGGAUACACUCUACGCUCCUUAUUCGACCCAUUUUCAGCUGCAGAAUCGGACCUCCCAAAAGGAUUUCUCCAUCCCACGGGCCCAGACUCGGACUAGCCCUUACAAUGACUAUGAAGGAAGGAAAGAUGGCAGUUAGCUGUUCUGAAGAGUGGGACAGACAGCAAGUCAGCCAACCAAUGGGGAGUUCCAAGGGCUAUGGGCUUAAUCCUGAGCCACCUGAGGAAACUGUACAAAACCUUGUGGGAAGAACUUGCCUUGCCUUGGCUUCUGGAGUUGCUGGGUGGCUAACAAGACUCCAAGGCCUAGCACUCUAGUAUUUUCCUUUGUCCCAGGCACUUCUUUUAAGUGGGAGGGAGCCUCCAGCAACUCAGGGUGUGCCCCUUACUGAGCCCAGUCAUUUCACCAGUGACUAAAGCCACGGUCAUCUGACGCUUCCUGGCUCAGUGAGCUUCAGGAGCCUGCUCUGGUCGCUCAAGGCUGGUUUUGGGAGGACUGCUCGGCCCAGAGCAGAACUGCAAAUCUGAGCAAGAAGAGCCAAGGCUCUUCUCUGUCCCUGCUGAAAUCUACACUGGAAGCCAUCUGACUGGCACGCUCCCAUCUUGCCUGGGUACGAGAGGCCACGGGUCACCCCAUAUGUACCCAUCUCUAUGGCACUACCACGGGGUCCUGUGGGUCCCCAGCACCAAUUCACUGGUCUUCAUUUCCAAAUUUGCUGUCCAUCCCUGGACAUUUGUCCCCUGUCUGCUUUCCCAGAAUUUUCUCUUCUGUAUCUUGUGGGCAGGGGACAAGCCCCAAUUUCUCCUUGGCGGGAGAAUUCAUGCUCUGUUCUUGCUCUAAAUUCCUGGCACCGAUUCUUCUGUCAUCCCCUUGCCUCUCAGCUUCUGUAAAUAGCUUCACACUGUGUUCACCACCUGUGUUCUGUAAGUGGGCAUUGUCUACCAAUGGGGAGUGUUCCUUGUAGAAUAAGUUAUUCCCUGCUCCUCACAUGGAGACGCAAUAAAGAUAUGGUGACAGGUCCUUGAUGGUGGCAGAGGGACAGUACGAGGGGUGUGCACUGGACCUGAAGGAGAGACGGCAGGCACUCAUCUUCACAUGGAGCUGAGGUCCUGGAGCUGAAGUUUAAAGUUCAAGUCCACUGGGUGUGCACUUGACCCUUCUUUAAACAUUUCUCCUUCUCCUCCUUUUGUCAAAGAUGUGUGUGUUUUCCCUAUUUGUUGAGGUGAGGGGCAAGGGUGACACGGGGAGCCAGGAAGGGUCACGGAUCCUGAGGUUUUGCUGCAGAAAGGCAGAGGAGUCACGAUCUUGGAAUGGGGCUUGGCAGGCCAAGUCAGACAGGGACGAGAUUUCAAAGGCAGCUUCAUGGUCCCCAGGUUUAAUUGUAGGAGGACAUAUAUUCAGAUCUCUAUUUGACAAAAUUGGUUCAUAAUAUCCUUUGGAAAAGACACAGUACCUGACAGUUUUUAUUUACUUUAUUCCAGAAACAGCUGCGUGGGGCAGGGCCACAGGGAACAGUUUUUGACGAAGGAAAAAAAAAAA